UUCCCAUAUACCCUAGCAAUAGUAGAUGUAAUGACCUAACCAAACCGAUAGGUAACCCCAACCCAAAUAGCUUUCUUUGACAUUCAUUUCAUGCUCUCUCUCACUCACACACACACACAGGCAAAUGAUGGGUGAUGGGUUUUUUCUUCAGAGUGCCAAUAACUGUAACAAAGAGAACCCAAUAAUGAAACCAAACGCAACCAAGAAGAAGAAGAAGAAGAAGAAGCGUGGUGGUGCUAAGAAAAAAAUGACCGUUGAGCAGACGACAGCGUACAAGUGCGUGAGUGAAUGGGUCUUCAUGGGCCAUUCCUCAUUAACCCCUGCUCCCUCCUCUGUUCCUGUUGAUGAUGAUUUUGGGUUCUUCGUAAAUUACAACAAGCUUUCGGAGAAGUUGGUGUUUGAAUUGCAUUCUCAUUCGAUUUGCAGUGAUGGGUUCUUAUCGCCUUCAAAGCUGGUUGAGAGAGCCCAUCAAAAUGGGGUGAAAGUUCUUGCUCUGACUGAUCACGACACAAUGUCUGGCAUCCCUGAAGCCCUGGAAGCGGCCGGCAGAUUUGGCAUCAAGAUUAUCCCUGGUGUUGAAAUUAGUACGAUUUUUGUCCCAAGAGGGGAGUCUGGAUCAGAUGAACCGGUUCACAUCCUCGCAUAUUAUGGCAGCUGUGGGCCAACAAAAUCCAAGGAAAUGGAGAAGUUCCUGGCCAACAUAAGGGAUGGACGUUACGUGCGUGCAAAAAACAUGAUUUCAAAACUUAACAAACUCAAGUUACCUCUUAAAUGGGAGCAUGUUGCCAAGAUUGCAGGCAAAGGAGUUGCUCCUGGGAGACUGCAUGUGGCUCGUGCUAUGGUUGAAGAAGGCCAUGUGGAAAAUCUGAAACAAGCUUUUGCACGAUAUCUUUACGAUGGUGGACCUGCUUAUUCAACGGGAAGUGAGCCUAUUGCAGAGGAAGCAGUGCAGUUGAUUUGUGAAACGGGGGGUGUGGCAGUCCUGGCUCAUCCAUGGGCAUUAAAGAAUCCCGUUGCCAUCAUCAGGAGGCUGAAAGAUGCAGGGCUCCAUGGUGUAGAGGUUUACAGAAGUGAUGGGAAAUUGGCAGCAUUCAGUGACCUAGCAGAUGCCUAUGAUCUUCUGAAGCUUGGAGGGUCAGAUUAUCACGGGAGAGGUGGGCAAAGCGAGUCUAAUCUGGGAAGUGUGAACCUUCCAGUGGUGGCCGUGCAUGAAUUCCUGAAGGUUGCCCGACCAAUUUGGUGUAGUGCUAUUGGUGACAUUUUAGGAAAUUAUGCUGAGGAUCCCUCUGAGUCGAACUUAGAGCGGAUCAUGAGGUUUGUGAAGACCAAAAUUUCUAAGGGGGCUUCACCCUUUAGUUACCGCGAAAAUCUGAUUGAUAUUUGCUUAUCUUCGUGGUUGACAAAUGAAGAAAGGCAGAAUGCAGUUUUUGAGGCCAUGAAGUUGAAGCUUUCCCACAUUUCAAUCAAUCAGGGAGAGAUUCAGACCCCUACAAGUAAAUAGUUUUAUCUUAGUUGGUUUAUUUUCUUGUACUUUUUUCCCCUCAAUAACUGAGGUGAUGACGAUGAUGAUAUUUAAUUUCAUCAUCUUUUUUUUUUGGGUCAAAAUUUCCUUUAUAGGAGAGUUUUUAUCAAUGUGAUUUGCAGUUUUUGUUUCUUUC